AUGACAUUCACUAAACUUGUGCCUGCAACAAAACGAAUUCUAGAGCAAGAUAUUGUCAUGUCUCCCUACCUACCCAUGGGUAUAUCAGCACCUCUUAUAAAUGUUUUGAAGGCUUUGCCUGCAUUUUCUUACCAUCAGCAGCGUGGAUCAGAGCCUCUGUAUCUGGAUCUAAAAAUGAAUUUAGCUUUUAUACUGCUGUUAGUGCUAUCUUCACAGCCAUCUUUUGGACAAGUGUGCCAACCGGUAUAUGAAAGACUUCCAGAUAACACUGACAUUGCUGUGACAUGUGGACCAAGAGAUAUUCAGCUGUCCAUAAAAGUUUGCCCAGUUAUGUUUGCUAAUUUUGAUCCAUCUGAUCUUGCUCUUAAUGGAAAACACAACAAUACAUCAUGUUUAGGUACCAGGGAUAACUCAACUGAUACUCCAUUAAUGAAAUUCACUCUACUUCUUGAUGACUCCAGUAGUAAUGUAUGUGGAAACAUGAUUCAAGUAAGUACCACAGCUGGCAGUGGAGUGUUCAGCUCAUAUUCAAAUAUCCAAACAGUUGUCAUCUCUGGAUUUGUGGAUUCUUCACCAUUAGCAGAAAUGGGACUUGUCUCCUACAGUACAAACUUACACUAUAAUUUUUCUUGUCGCUAUCCUAUGCAGUACCUCCUGAACAAUACUGAAAUGUUAACAUCAUUUGGAGCUGUAGCUGUUAACAGCAACAAUGGUAGCUUUAUCAGUACUUUACGAAUGCAGAUUUUCACUAAAUGCUCAAGUUCAAGACGGAAGAGGGAGGCUAAUGCUGGCAGUGCCACAGAUCCAGUUGUCGUGUCCUUUGGACCAGUCCAAGUUACUGGGAGGAAUCAGUGGUCGUUUUCUCAGACCAGCCUUCUAAUGGCAUUCGGCAUGAUUACAGUUAUGGGACACAAUGUCGCCACUAGCUCACUAAACGAUUUGUAA